GGAAACCCCUGCUGAGGCAGCCAGCCAGCGCCAGGCAAAGGCCCAGGAUUUCAUCCGAUGUAGGCGUGAAGCUCCUAAAACAGAAACUCCUACUUCAAGGGGCACCCAAGGAAAUGAGGUUUUUAGCCGGGCCAUCACAGAAACAGCCGCUCCCAACACGUGAAAGCCAGGAUCUGAGAGACCUGGAAGGGCUGCUUGACUGAGGACAACAGGAUCAGGACCCUCCCUGCCAGGGGAAGUCACCAAUGGACUGUGGACACUUAGCUGAGAGCAGCGAGGAGAUCUCCAGCCCGGGUGCAGAGCCCGAUUCCCUGCUGCCUUCUGCUGCCGGCAGCAAUUCCUGCCUGCCCUCGGCGGCUGGGCAGCGGGCUGGGGCACCUCCUGGCAGACCCGCCGCCGCUAAUGCCGCUCGAGAGCGCAGUCGGGUUCAAACCCUGCGCCAUGCCUUCCUCGAGCUGCAGAAGACUCUCCCCUCUGUGCCGCCUGACACCAAGCUCUCCAAGCUGGAUGUUCUCCUCCUGGCCACCACCUAUAUCGCACACCUCACUCGCAGCCUUCAGGAUGAGGAAGAGUCACCGGGAGAGGGCUUGGGUACCCUCCGAGGGGAUGGAUACCUCCACCCUGUCAAGAAGUGGCCAAUGCGUUCCAGGUUGUACAUUGGAGCUACAGGACAGUUUUUGACUCACUCGGCACAAGCAGACAGCGCAAACCAAGGAGAAACAUCAACAACUUCACAAAUCUGAUCUCCCUCCCUCCUCGCUUUUAAAAAAUUUGUUAUUUAUUACACCAUAUUAUAUAUAUUUAAGUUAAAAAAUAGUAUCUACAGACAAACUACAAUUCCUGAAAUACGGUUUGUAGAGGAGAAGGAAUUCAUUCUUAAAUGUAGUCAAUACCUCAUGAAGUUAAUGUGAUGUAUCAUUGGUUUCUGUCAUAGAGGACAUCAUUGCUGGGAUCUGAGCUGGGGGAUGAGGAGGCGGCGACUGCAGCCAGCACCCGCAGGAGAGGCAGCCGCAAAGGCAGAGCCGCCAGCAGAAUAGGUAACCUCAUCCCCUCCGGGACAAGCGGUGAAUAGGUACGCUGUGGAAAAGGGGGAGGAGGAGCGAUGCGGUACCGGCUGAGCACGGUGCGGUACCGGCUGGGGCGAAAAGCAAAGGGCAAGUCUAAAAACAGCAGUCGUCAUCCCGCGUGCGCUUUCUUCGCUGCAUGAAGCCGAUGGCAGAAAUCCCACUGACCGCGGCUUCAUCCUUCGGAUAAUCAUCUUAAAUGUAUGUAGCUAUUCCUGAAAAUGUGGAUGCAUGUUCACCUCAAGUAAAAACGUGCUGAAAUCUAUCCUGCGUACACACAGCGCUACGUACAAGAGACACAAGCUGCUCUGUACGUUAAGUAUUGCUUGUACUGAUCCAUACGAUUGUGUUGCAUGUUAUGGGGUUUAAAAAGUGUUUCAGUGUUACCGCAGUACAACUACUUGCCUGCUCAGGAUUCAUUUAUCUUGUCUGUUAGCGGGUUCAUGCAUUGAAGCAAACGAGCCCCAAGAGUUGGCUUGUUCAUGGCACAUUUUUCACUUAAACGUCUUCUGUGCUGAGGCGAGAAAAGUUGACACUAAAUGCAGAAAAGCCAUCUGAUGUGUCUGUUCUGUAAAACACUGUACUUCUCACGUAGUUUGUUAUUGCUGAGGUAAACAUUUUAUUAAAUAUUAUUCAGUGGACAUUA